CUGAAAAUUGCAAUAGUUGUUGUGCUCACAAAAGACACGAGUGUAAACGAUUAUAAGAUUGCAAUUGAUUCAUUGAUUUGCUAUUCAAAAAUUCAAGAAUAUUCAUUUAUUUUGGCGAAAGAUUCUGAUUAUCCUUGCCCACAUAAUGAUGUAAGAAUUUGUAUAUAAUUCGGUAUAAAAAUAAAAAAAGUAUGAAUUCAGAAAUUCUUCAGAAGACAUUGUGUAAUUGCUCACAUUCUUCCUGAAUUCGAUGUUGUUGUAUUCGUUGAUGCAGAUAUUGGAGUUGUUAAUCCGAAUCGGUGAAAUUAUUUUCAUUUCAAAAAUUGUUUACGUCAAUUUCAAUUUUUACAGGAGAAUAGAAGAGUUUUUAGAAGAUGGCAUUGAUGUUGCAUUUUAUGAUCGAUUUUUCAAUGUUGAAAUAAUGGCCGGAUCUUAUAUAGCUAGAAAUACAACAUACGCUUAUGAACUGAUCAAAGGAUUUGCUGAUUAUGAAUAUAAACUUCCAAAUAGUUUUCAUGGAACAGAUAAUGGAGCAAUUCAUGUGAGUGAAAAUUGUUUUUGAAUUUUAAAAUUUCAAAAAUAAUUUCAGAUGUACUUAGCUCAACAUUUAUUUCCUUAUGCAAAAAUUGAACUUAAAAAUUGUCAAAAAAUUUGGAACAAUUCCAAAAACUUUGCUGAUGUAUUCAUUUAUGAAUCUUGUAUUCGAACAAUGUUAGGAGCAUCAACAAAUUUUGGAAAAAUAAAAAUAUUUCGAAAAGCAGAAGGUUGGGUAAGAGAUGCUUGGUUGACUGGAGGAAUGUGGAGUCAAAAUGAUUUUAUGUUACAUGGAUGGAAAACUAAACAACUCAAAAAUAUUCCCAAAAAUGGUAUCAGGUUGGUUGUAUUUAUAAUUAUUAAGAAACACAAAUAUAUUUGUAGUUCAUCACGAAUGAAUUAUAAUCAAUGGUAUUCUCCAUUUUCUGGCCAGUUUGAUAUCUCAAAAUGUUCACCUUCAAAUUUAACGUGGAUUUAUAAUUCAGAAUUUGUAGGAAAUCCUGAAAACUUGAGAGAAAGUUUGAAUGAGUAUCAAAAAGUUGUAGCUAAAGAAAUUAUUGAAAAUGGAUAUAAGAAAAUAAAUAUUUAA